AUGUCAAAAUCAGCCUCCAAGCACAGCAAAAAGCAGGGCAAGCCGCAAGAUGUGCUGGAGCAACUGAGGAAACUGGCCAAAAAGCACAAGAAGAGCAAGGACAAAUCCAGCAAGAAGCCAUCUGCAAAAGCAGCAGAUCAUGCCAUGAUCCCAAUGACCAAAGACGAGUAUGAAAAAAAGAGGUCUAUCAUCACUACAGAGUACGAUGCCCAGACAGGCAGGAUGAGACGGAAGCGAGCCACGGGAGAGAUCCUAGAGAGCAUUGUCACCAAGGAACAGCAUCUGAAAAUCAACCAAAUGUCCACCUUUAUGGAUGGCCUUUCAUAUCAACGACAAGUAAUUAAGAAAUAA